UUUCCCUUCCUAAUCUCCCUUUCUUCCUUCCCUCUCCACACAACCAAUAAUUUCUCCCUUUUUCUCAUAAUUUAUUGCCAUUUUUGCUUCUAAAUUUCAUCUCAAUUUUUGCAAAACUUAACUAAUGAACAAAUUUCCCUCAUAAUUGGCUAAGAAAUCCUUUCCAAUUCCCCCCCCCAAGAUGCGUUGCAGUUAUGGAUUGACAGCGAUACCGGGGACAGACGCCCGAUUCUUUUCGCCGGAAACUUCCUUCCUCAAGUUACGUAGAACGUUCCAACCGACCCGGAUUAAAUUUGGGUCGUUCAAAAUCAAGGCGAAAAUCGAUGAAGCGAGGAAAGAGAUGAGUUUUUAUGAGUUACUGGGGAUAUCAGAAACGGGUACUUCGUUGGAGAUAAAACAAGCGUAUAAGCAGCUAGCAAGGAAGUACCACCCGGAUGUUUCGCCGCCGGAUCGGGUCGAGGAGUAUACGGAGCGCUUUAUACGGGUCCAGGAAGCUUAUGAGACUUUGUCGGAUCCAAGGACGAGGGCUUUGUAUGAUAAGGAUUUAGCUUUGGGGAUUCACCUUGCUUUCUCUGCUAGACGACGUUAUCAAUACGAUGAGGACCUAGAAGAUCGGAGUGAGUGGAAAAAUCGAUGGCAAUCUCAGCUAUCAGAGCUGAAGAGAAGAAGCAUGAACAGGGAUGCCGGAGGAAACAUGUCAUGGGGAGCUCGAAUGCGUAGGCAAAGGGAAGAAUUAUCUAAAGAACUAUAAAACAGAAUUUCCCUUUCAACCUCUGUUCAUACAAAACAUGAAACGCCUUCUGCUAGCUUUUUUGGCUUUCUCUUGUAUAUAUAUAGCAUUGCUCAAAUAUAUGACUUCCAGUGCUAAUUUUAGAACUUGUCUUCCAAUAUGUACAUAAAAUCUAUCAGAGUUUGACUUGCUCGUCUUAAAUUUUACUUUGCUCAUAUUUUGGUCUUGAA